GACUGGGAGGGUUGCUGGUUGAUAUUUCAGAGGAAUUUUUUUGGGGGUUGGUCUUGAUAUGACAUAAGCAAAGACAGAAAAGCAGAGGAAAGCCGAAUAUUUUCUGAUGAUCAUGAUUAGAAGAGUGUUACACAGCUAAUACCUGCACUAAUCCUUAUUUAAGCUACAAUCUGCUGUGCUACAUAACAUAAAGAGCAACUAAAAUGAAUACAAUUCCAUUCUGAAAAGAUCAACCAGUGUUAUUUUCAUUAAGUCAAUCCGAUUACAAUACACCACAGUUCAGCUGAAUUCGUAUUCAUGUAAAAAUGACAAAUGUCUGUCACAGGUUCUCGGCUGCACAGAUUCAUUUUACAAGGUCUGUUUCUGUAAAAUCCACAUGAGCAAAAUUAAACAUGAAGUUUUGUGUUGCUUUCGAGAACGAUUAUCAUUAGUAUUAUUAGCAAAGAACAUAAUCUCUUCUCUUAUGUACGAUUUUACGAUUCAAUUAUAUUUAGUACAGUAAUUUGUAUUGUAUUUUCCUUGUCUGUAAAGUCUAUUGAUACUUUAAAAACUCCAAGUUUGUUUUCUUUAUUUUAUGAGUUUGUUCUGAAGUACUUCAAGAAAUAAAUGUAAUACUAAUAGCAAAAGCAUUUAAUGUGCUUUUGUUUUGUUUUGUUUUGAGGAGACAACCCUAGCAUAUUUAAAUAGAUAAAAUCAGUGGUUUGUAACAGAACUGAUGUGUUUUUAUGUGUAUGUGUGUAGUUGUGUGUAUGUGAUUUUGCUAAACCUCUUCGCCUUCCUUUGACUGCAAGAAUGCAACACACAUGUGGUUUUACUUCAGCAAAACUAAUGCAUAAACAUCAGAAAAAAUAUCAGAAUGACCUUUACCACAUCUGUUUUCUCUUUUGUCCCCCAAAAUGGAUCUAUUACUAUGUAAAGUUAUGCAUAUGAAAAUAUAAGUGUGCGCUCUUACACUGUGAGCUUCACCUGCUGUAUGAGUGAAACAGAGAAAUGCGCCCUUGGAGUUGCUGUAUUUGACUGAAAUAUCGUUCUGAAGCUUUAUUAAAGCCAGGUGUAAUGGGGGGGAUGCGCUCCAGUUGCGUGCUUCUCCUUACAUGGCCUUUUCAACUCAUUCUUUAACAGUUCUAGGAUGCGCAUUGCAUUUAAGGGUCGCUGGCUGUGAGGACGGUCAACAAAUGAAAUAAUGGUAAGUGCAUUGGUGAAAAUGGCAUGUAUGCGCCUUUGUUCUGUGGAUUACUGCUCCGGUUGCAGCAGGGCUACAGUCGCUCUUUCUGAUUGAGGCCAAGUUGAGGAAAAAAGGACGAAAAUCUGCACUUUUUCUUUUUGAUGCAAGCUAGAAUUACAGUGAGAAAACAUGUGCAGUCAUUGGCUGAACAGGCCAGCCUGCCCACAGCAUGAGGGAAUCUUUCUCUAUGAGAGGCACGUAGCAGUGCAAAUCCAAUGGAUAAUGGCCAAAAGUUGUAUAUAGAAAACAAAUAAUCUGCUUUACAUGCCUUCUCGGCUCUGCGUAAUCGUCUUCCACAACAGUCUUUGCUUAAGUUGUACUCAUGAUAAUAUGGUUAUGCGAUCAUUUUCUCACCGACUCCGUAUCCGUGUGAUCCAGGAAUCCAGUUCCAGGUUUUAAGCGCAGCUUCUCUCUCACAUCUCCGCUCAGCUCGCACAGAGAGAAAUCCCUCAGCCGCGGGCCGCUCUCUCUCCGGCUGGAACGGGACUCAACAAACCCGAAGAAGACGCUCAAAGGACUGAAAUAAAUAAAGAGGACUGCUUUUGUUUGUUUAUUUUUCUUGCGUUCUUUUGUUGCUCUUUUUUUAUUAGUUGCUGUGCGAACAGGUCCGCGUCCCCUCUCCCUCUCCUCCAGCAGGACGGACGGACGGACUCUCCGUACUCGCAUCUCUUCAUCCCGGCACGGCGGAGCGCAGGACUGAGCGCGGGUCUGCGGGAAUGUGAGCGCUCACACUGAGAGAAAGGCUCAGAUGAGCGGAGCAUGUGUGCGUUGUGCGCUGAGACGCGCUGCUCCUAUUCUAAGACCUGCUUGUAAUUGCAUCAACUGAUUAAUUAACUUUCCAUCUGAUUUUUCUUCAACUAUCCGUUCACUCACAAAAGGCUCGGAGGUCAAUGAUGGUUAUCUCUCAGAGUGACUUCCCUGGAUCGUUGUGACUACAGUGAUUUCGACCCAGACAUGUGGAAAGCGGCAAGUCCAGUCAGAGCCAGGAUGGGAUGUUCAGAAUGGAAGUCUUUGGUCCUCUGUGGCCUGGUGUUCGUCUUGACGGUUGUACAGAGUUCUGACGGGUUUAGCCGGGCAGCUAUGCCGUUUGGUCUGGUGAGGCGGGAGCUGUCUUGCGAGGGUUAUCCCAUCGACCUACGCUGUCCAGGAAGUGAUGUCAUCAUGAUCGAGACUGCCAAUUACGGCCGGACAGAUGACAAGAUCUGCGACGCUGACCCCUUUCAGAUGGAAAACAUCAACUGUUAUCUGCCCGAUGCAUUCAAGAUCAUGUCUCAAAGGUGUAACAACAGAACGCAAUGCAUCGUCAUCACUGGACCAGAUGUUUUUCCUGACCCCUGCCCAGGAACGUAUAAGUACCUUGAAGUCCAGUAUGAAUGUGUUCCCUACAAAGUGGAGCAAAAAGUUUUUGUUUGUCCCGGAACUCUGAAAGCGGUUGGAGAUCCGUCGUUUCUUUACGAGGCGGAGCAACAAGCGGGGUCGUGGUGCAAAGACCCCCUCCAGGCAGGAGACAAGGUUUAUUUCAUGCCCUGGACCCCUUACAGAACAGAUACACUUAUUGAGUACAACUCGCUCGACGAUUUUCAAAACUCUCGACAGACUACGACAUAUAAGCUCCCCCAUCGGGUCGACGGCACAGGAUUUGUUGUAUAUGAUGGCGCAGUGUUUUUUAACAAGGAAAGGACUCGUAACAUUGUCAAAUUUGACCUUCGGACCAGAAUUAAAAGCGGGGAGGCGAUUAUAAAUAACGCAAAUUAUCAUGACACCUCACCUUAUAAGUGGGGCGGGAAAACAGACAUCGACUUGGCAGUAGAUGAAAAUGGCCUUUGGGUGAUCUACGCCACUGAGCAGAACAACGGUAUGAUGGUGAUCAGUCAGCUCAACCCCUACACCCUUCGCUUUGAGGCAACCUGGGAGACCACCUACGACAAGCGCUCAGCCUCCAAUGCUUUCAUGAUCUGCGGGGUUCUGUAUGUUGUCCGAUCCACGUAUGAAGACAACGAGAGCGAGGUUAGCAAGAGCCUGAUCGACUACAUGUACAACACCAAACUGAACCGAGGCGAGUACGUCGACAUCCACUUCCCCAACCAGUACCAGUACAUUGCCGCUGUGGAAUACAACCCCCGAGACAACCAGCUGUAUGUGUGGAAUAACUUCUACAUCCUGCGGUACAAUCUGGUGUUUGGACCACCUGAUCCAGCUCACGCACCACCUAUCUCAGAGGCAUCCACAACACCAAAGUUACUAAAACCAACAACCACUACAACAACCACUACUCAGCCGAGAGGUCAGGUGACUACUGUUACCACUACAGGGACCAGAGCUGUUAAUAAGACACCCAAAUCACCAGCUGUACUUCCCCAAACCACCACACCACCCUCGCUGGAGUCCUUCCCUCCACCUGAGCGCUUCUGUGAGAGCGUAGAGCUUAGGGACAUACUGUGGCCGCAGACGCAGAGGGGCAUGCUGGUGGAACGGCCCUGCCCCAAAGGAACUCGAGGCACUGCCUCCUACCUAUGUGUUCUCUCCUCUGGGACCUGGAACCCAAAAGGCCCAGAUCUGAGCAACUGUACGUCCCACUGGGUGAAUCAAGUCGCUCAAAAGAUCCGGAGUGGGGAAAACGCAGCCAACCUGGCGAACGAGCUGGCCAAACAUACCAAAGGAGCCAUUUUUGCCGGUGACAUUAGCUCUACCAUGAGGCUCAUGGAGCAGCUGGUGGAUAUUCUAGACGCUCAGUUACAGGAACUGCGACCCAGCGAGAAAGACUCCACCGGCCGCAGCUUCAAUAAGCUUCAAAAGCGAGAAAGGACGUGCAGAGCGUAUAUGAAGGCUAUCGUGGAUACAGUCGACAACCUCCUCAGACCGGAGGCUCUGAAAUCGUGGCGAGAUAUGAAUACCACGGAGCAGACGCACGCCGCAACUAUGUUACUGGACACCCUGGAGGAAGGAGCCUUUGUCCUUGCUGACAAUUUAAUGGAACCGGCCAUCGUGAAAGUACCAGCCAAUAAUAUAAUUCUGGAUGUUUACGUGCUGAGCACAGAUGGGCAGGUUCAAGAUUUCAGGUUUCCCCAGAGCGGCAGGGGUGGAAUUUCUAUCCAAUUGUCUUCCAAUACUGUGAAGCUCAACAGUCGUAAUGGUGUUGCCAAGUUGGUUUUUGCCCUUUAUAAGAACCUGGGGCAGUUUCUAAGCACUGAGAAUGCAACAAUGAAGCUCGGCCACGAGGCCAACGGACGCAACCUCUCCGUGGCUGUGAAUUCCGACGUCAUUGCUGCCUCAAUAAACAAAGAAUCCAGUCGUGUAUUUAUAUCGGAGCCUGUGAUUUUCACCCUGGAGCACAUCGACAUGCAGCACUACUAUAACUCCAACUGCUCUUUCUGGAACUACUCCGAGAGAACCAUGAUGGGAUACUGGUCCACUCAGGGCUGCAAACUCAUCCACGCCAAUAAAAGUCACACCACCUGCUCCUGUAGUCAUCUCACUAACUUUGCGGUGCUCAUGGCUCAUCGAGAGCUGCUGGGUGCAGAUAAAGUCCAGGAGCUCUUGUUGAGCGUCAUCAGUCGUGUGGGCAUCGUGGUAUCCCUCAUCUGUCUGGCCAUGAGCAUCUUCACCUUCUGCUUCUUCCGUGGGCUGCAGAGUGACAGGAACACAAUCCACAAGAACCUAUGCAUCAACCUUUUCAUUGCUGAGCUCAUCUUCCUCAUCGGAAUCGACAUGACGGAGCCCAGGAUGGCCUGCUCCAUAAUUGCAGGAAUCCUGCAUUACUUCUUUCUGGCGUCUUUCGCCUGGAUGUGUUUGGAGGGGGUUCAGCUCUAUCUGAUGCUGGUGGAGGUCUUUGAGAGCGAAUAUUCACGCAGGAGGUAUUUCUACAUGGCAGGAUACCUCCUCCCCGCUGUGGUUGUAGGCGUGUCCGCUGCUGUAGACUAUAGGAGCUACGGGACCAAGAAAGCAUGUUGGCUCAGGAUGGACAAUCACUUCAUCUGGAGUUUCAUUGGACCCGUCACCUUCAUUAUUAUGCUCAAUCUCAUCUUCCUGCUCAUCACGAUGUACAAAAUGAUGAAACACUCUACAUCGCUGAAACCUGAUUCCAGCCGGCUGGAGCACAUCAAUAAUUAUCGCGUCUGUGAUGGCUAUUAUAAUUCUGAUUUGCCUGGCUAUGAAGAUAAUAAACCAUUUAUCAAGUCGUGGGUCAUGGGCGGCUUUGCUCUGCUGUGUCUCUUGGGCCUGACCUGGUCAUUUGGUUUGUUCUUCAUCAGCGAGUCAUCCGUCGUGUUAGCGUACCUCUUCACUAUCUUCAACACUUUCCAGGGCAUGUUUAUCUUCACCUUCCACUGCCUGCUUCAGAAGAAAGUUCGGAGAGAGUACAGCAAAUGCCUCCGACACACGUACUGCUGUAGCGGGAUCACGACAGAGAGCUCGCACAGCUCCACAAAGACCUCAACAACACGGACAAGCGCUCGCUAUUCCUCUGGUACUCAGAGUCGAAUCAGAAGAAUGUGGAAUGACACAGUAAGAAAACAGUCUGAGUCCUCUUUCAUCUCAGGAGACAUAAACAGCACAUCAACCCUCAACCAAGGAAUGACGGGCAAUUAUCUUCUUACUAACCCUCUUCUGAGACCACAAGGCACUAAUAACCCCUACAACACCUUACUGGCUGAAACUAUCGUAUGUAACACACCAACGGUGCCAGUCUUUCACUCUCCAGUGACCUACAGAGAGACAAGACACUCGGUGACCAGCGGCAGAGAUACGAACACGUUCGGUACUCUACCACUCAACGGCAACUUUAAUAACAGCUACUCACUUCAUAACUACAGCGAUGGCGUGCAGGUGGUGGAUUGCGGGCUCAGUCUCAAUGACACGGCCUUCGAGAAGAUGAUCAUCUCAGAGCUUGUGCACAACAACCUCAGGGCCGCCGAGUCCCAGAUCAGCACCAAAAAGGGGGCGGGGAUCAGCAGAGGGGAGGAGCCUGUGGUCGCGGAGACAUCGUCCCUGGUGCAGGUGGGCGGGGACAGCGAGAUGGAUGGUCUGGGGCUGCACCACACGCAUCCCCGCACGCUCGAUGCCCCCCUCAUCCCCCAGCGAACUCACUCGCUCCUGUACCACACGCAGGAGAGAGCGAGGGCCGACAUGGAAGCUUCGCAACCCCACAGCUACAUCGGCCAGCUCCCGCCUCCGGCCGAGACCGCCUUGCCCUCCCCCAACAGAGACUCGGUGUACACCAGCAUGCCAAACCUUAGAGACUCGCCGUUCUCGGAGAGCAGCCUAGACAUUGGCCAGGACCUCUCGCCAUCCAAACAUAGUCCGAACGAAGACGUUUACUAUAAAAGCAUGCCCAACCUGGGGUCAGGCCAACAGCUGCAUGCGUAUUAUCAGAUGAGCAGAGACAGUAGCGAGGGCCUCAUCAUCCCCGUCUCUAAAGACGCUUGUGUCCCCGAGGGGGACGUACGAGAGGGACAAAUGCAGCUGGUCACAAGCCUUUAAAACAAACUAUAAGCACCGCCCACCAUGUACACAGCCCCGCCCAUCCACCGAUGGCAGAGUGGUCUUCCUUUUUUAGCCUCCCACAUAACUGCACACUUAAUGGAGAAGUACCGCUACUGUCCAACGAGUUACAGACAGGCCCAGACGGAAUCUGCAAAGUUUUUAGCACAUUUUCUGUGCUGAUUUUAGACAGAAAUUUGCAGUGGAAUAGACACAAGAAGCUUAUGCCUUGUUUUACAGUAAAAAUAUCUAAAUAUAGUAAACUGAGCUUAAUUAAGAGCUUUGUUUUGAAGGAAUAUUUCAUGAAUAUUUUUUUUUUCAAUAAUUAAGAAGGUUUUUGCUUAAAAGAAGAAAUAAACAAAUAAAUGAUCAUCUACCAAAGGAGUGAGAAAUAUAAUCUUAAUUUAAGACAAAUUGUUUCAAAGCAAGAUAAAUAAAUGUGUUUUUACUGGAAAACAAGACAAAAAAGAACAUUAAUAGGGAAAAUAAUUCUUGCAAUUAUUAAUUGUUACCCUGUUAUUGGUAGCUGAAUGUAUCCACGAUUAUUUAAUAAACAAACAUACAAGUGUCACAUGAUGUGUACAGUAUAACUUUGUGAAUGAUGGUUUUAUGCAGAAAUCUGCAGUGUUCUUGGAUUGCAGAUUCCAUGUGGGCCUGGUAAUAGGAAUACAGUUUCACAGAAAAAAUAAAAUGAAGCCAAAAAAAAAAAAAAAAAAAAAAAAAAAAGUCUUUCUCGUUCCAGUGCAUACGUUUCUCAAUGGAUGUACAUAUAUGUUCACAUAUUUCUCUUUUGAAUGCAGUUUUGAUUUUUCUUUAUUAUAUACAACAAUGGAAUUUCCAGGACCUUAAGACGUGCAGAAAUUGUCCUGAAUGAAAUAAAGGAGUUCUGUAACACCCUUUACAAUCAACAAAAUCCCAUACAACAUGACCACUAGCAAACAAGCCCCAGGCCUUAUAUUUUCUCAAUCAUACACGGAACUGUCAAGGGUAAUGAUAUAACAUAGAACAAUAUAUUUUGUUGUAUUGAUUGUGUAAAAUAAAUUGCUAUAAAAUAAAUAACAUCCCUAAAUAUAAAGCAAAUGAGAUUUUGAAAAGGAGAUGACUAUGUAAAAAGUUCAGAAGCUUGUUUAUGAUGAUGCAAUUGGUGGAUAACCUCAUGUAUGCUGCAAAAGACAUUGACAUUCAUCUGUCCUGUUCAUGAAAAUGGGUUUGCCACUUUAGAUCAAUUAGAUUAUAAUGUUCUCAUGCCUUGCACAAAUUUAUUUUGUGCAAAUCUGUGCAAAGCAUGAAAAAUGUAGUGACUGAAGGUCACGACUGAGCUUGGAGUAGAACCUUCUUUUUUAAGGACUAUUACUGCAGCUGAGGUUGGAUAUUUAUUUAUUAAAUUAUUCUUUAAAAAUAAUACUUUUGUGAAUAUUUUACAGCACUGGUCGACGUAGUUCAUCUUCAUAAGCAUAAUUAAGGAACCCAUCUCUGAUAAACAUGUUAAGGAGCCCAUCUCUACAAAGGAUGUAAAGUUCUACACUUGUUUAACAAUAAAUAAAUGUGAAUUUUUGUCUAA